CAAUGCCCGCGCGGGAGGGGCGGCGCCGCUGCAACGGCCGCGCCGGCUGCGGACACCCGCGGCUGCCUCCGAGCGCGCCGGACGGAGCCCGGCCAGCCCCUCCAGACCUGCAGCCCUCCGCAGCCGGCGCACCAUGGCUGACAAACCAUCAAAACCAACAAAUUCCCCUGAAGGAGCUGCAGCAGGAGAACUAAGUGCUCUGGAGGAGGCCUUUAGAAAAUUUGCUGUGCAUGGUGAUACGAGAGCCACGGGGAAAGAAAUGCAUGGGAAGAACUGGUCAAAGCUAUGUAAGGACUGCCAGGUCAUAGAUGGGAAGAAUGUGACCACUACAGAUGUUGAUAUUGUCUUCAGCAAAAUCAAGGGAAAGUCUGUAAGAACUAUUACUUUUGAGCAGUUUAAGGAAGCACUUCAAGAACUCUCCAAGAAGCGGUUUAAAGGCAAAAGUGAUGAGGAAGCACUUCAAGAGAUGUAUAAACUAAUUGAAGGAAAAGGCCCAGGUUUAACUGGAGUAACGAAAACUGUUGCAUCUCCAACUGUUUCACGCCUUACAGAUACUUCAAAAUUCACGGGGUCUCACAAGGAGAGGUUUGAUGCCAGUGGGAAAGGAAAAGGCAGAGCUGGCCGAGAAGAUCUGGUGGAUAACUCAGGAUAUGUAUCUGGUUAUAAGCAUGCAGGCACAUACGAUCAUAAAGUACAAGGAAACAAGAUCUACAUUUAGACAUGAACAACAAAAUAAGGAAAAAAGAUGGCAGUCUGAGUACCCACAGUGGUGAGUUAUUUGAAGUUCCAGUUUACAUCAGAUGAGUUUCUGUAUGCUUGCAUUUGUUCAAAUGCUAUUUUUAAACAAAAUAAUUAAAUAAUGUGAAAUAAUGCAGCCUGGGCUCUGUUAAAUAGGAUUAUAUUAAUGCAACUGAAAUGCUGUGUAUGUCUGUAAUAUUCAAGCUAAAUAUGUACUAGAUCUUUACAGAGGCUUUGUGUAAAGUUAGUUGACCUACAAACUGAUGUCCUGUAUAAAACUGUGUUGGCAAACUACUUUUGUUAGCACUGUAGUGUAUGAAAAGGUAAGAUUAUAGGCAAAAACAAGUUAUAGGGUGCCAAAAAGUGUGUUUGUUUUUAAUCUUCGUGCUGGGUUCAGAAUAUAUCAGCUUUGGCAAAUUCUUGCAGCAGGGAAAUUUUUUUGUACAAUGCUUAUAAUACGAAGUAAUUUGUCUUUAAAUUCUUUAAAGCAGAGAAAUGGUCAAUGUUGGAUAAGUAUAUUGAAAUUUAUUCUUAGCAAGGUCUUAUGUUUCACAGAUUUAAAUAUUAGAGGAGAAAUAUAUAUUUAUACAGAAGUAUAAUUUUUGAAUGAUUUUUUUUUCCAAUCAUGAACCAUUUAUUUAUCCGCAUUAUGCUUUAUUCCUUUGCUAGCUUGUUUAUCAGUCCAUGCUGUUCCAACAUCCAUUUCUAAUUCGAUUUAGAUGCUUUGAUUCUUCAUUUGCACAAAUCUGGAUGUGCAUGCUGUCAGGACCUGAUCAUAAAGGGUGGAGGCAAAACUGUUUUGUCUUUGAUUACCUAGAGCACUAAGUAAAAUUUAAUCAUUAAGCAGUUGGGAUAUGGAGAUAGGUCUUGACAUAGUCUUCCUUGGAACACUGUACACUAUGAUAAAAACCUUCAGUGAAGCUUACUAGUGUUUGUUCUUAUUUUCAUUUGUCUUUCAUCAACCAGGAAGCUGCUGUGUGCUGAUAACUACCUGCAAUAUUUCUAAUUGCAGGCAUUGCAAACAUUAACAUGCAGCUGUACUAGCCUACUGUGUUCACUGUGAAAUUUUCAACACGGUAAAGAAUUUUUACAUGAUCAUUUAACCUUACAAGUUUACUUUUUCUCACUAAUUUAACACUGAAUCUUCUUUUCAUUACUGCAAAAGAUCAACCUGAGCAUAGCAUUUCUAAAUCUUAACUAUAGUAGAUAAACAUGUCCUAAGCAAAGAUUUUUAACCACUUGAUGAAGGGGGCCAGGCACCGUCCAGUGCAAAGCACUGGGCAAAAUCUUAUCCCCACUGCAGCCAGUUCCAAAAUUCUAGCUGGUGUCAGCAAAAAUAGAACCACCAUUACCAAGGGGUUAAUAAGCUUAGUAUCCAUGACAAGAGGUUAUGGGGGAGCACAACAGUGAUUCUCUAUUUCCAUGUCUUUUUUUCUGUUAAUUUAAAACUACUACUCUUCAAUCUUUAAAAUAAGUAAAAGAAACUUGAAGGGGGGAAUCAUAUACUACUAGUUUGUACUAGGUUUUUUCAGGAAAAGGAAACAAAUUUAUAUAUAUAUAUAUAUAUAUAUGCAAUAUAUUUUUACACUGUUUAUUAAUGCUCGAAAGUAUUAAAUGUAUCACUUUAUCUGUGUGAAUGUUAAAGUAAUGACAAUGUUAUGGAUGUUUUAAACCUUUUGAAGUUGUCUUGUUAAAUUCUAAACCCACAUUAACGAUGGAAAAGCUACUUUGUCUGCAACAUUAUUGUUGAUGUUUUAGGGAAAAAGUUCAAGUGCAGCAGUUGUUUUAAUUAGCACUGUAAAAGCUUGGCUUGACAAGUUAUAGUGAAAUCCAUAUUUUAAACACCAUUUUGUUAAAGCAUAGCUUCUCAUAAAGUACGUUACUGCUGUUGACUGACUGUAUAAAAUUGUAUUUUUAGUUGGUAAAGUGAUCAAUAAAUGUGUUACUACAUCA